AUGUGCUCGGCAGAGUAUCCUGCUGCCCAGCCGGUUAACCAUGGACGGUGCUACGAGGUUGAAGCAAAGAUUCACAUGGAGGUUGUGGAGGAAACAUUAUCGCCGCAGUUCCUCGAGUUUGUGCCCAUCCUCUGUGGUCCUAAGGGGUUGUUCAAUAUGAUGCCAUUUGAGCACGGCAAGGCGAUGACUAUCGGUAUAUUCGAGAAGGCGCAGACAGAUGAGGAAAUUGUAUAG